CGAAUAUUUAUUACAAUACUCGUUUCAGUGAUACGUGCGAUCUGAUACACGCGAUCGCGGUUGUCCGGAAACUAACGUUAUUCAUGACGAUCAGCCGAUAAUAAACAAAUGUAAUGUUACACGUUAUAAAUAGACACUACGUAGCAGUAACUAGACUUACCGAUCAGACACGUGUGUCAUUGUAUUACGUUACAACGAUCAGCUUAUGCAGUACGCGGAUCUGCACGUUUUAUUUUAACCCCGACGAUGGCGUGACGUAAAUCAUAUCUACGCCGAAGAGUUUAUGAGCGGGCGUUCAAUCGGUGCAUCCAUCGCGUUGCGUUACGGCCGAUCGGCGUCUGUUGGAAAUGCAAUCUUUUAUCGAUUUCAAUCCUUAUCUACACGCUCGAAAGAGUGCUGGUCACGUGUGACAGACGUCGUAUCCAUCGACCGAAUCUCAACUUACGUCGAUGCAAAUUCGAUCGAUUUUUUGAUUCGCGCGAAAAAUUCGCGCACCCCCGUAAGUUCGUUCGAUUGCGAACGACGGUCGAAUUUGUUUUCUCCUUGUUUUUUUUUUUUUUUCUGUUCUUUAAAAAAUUUCGUCGCCGCACGCGCGCAGGCUCUGUAAAGGUAUAACGCGCGAACAGGUGGGAAUAAGGUGGAAAUUUUCUGUUCGAAAACACCGUCGAUACUUUUGUUACCGAAUGGGAGAAAACUCACGUGCAUGAGGCGAUUGCGGUACGGACAAAACAAACACGUGACUCGGUGGCACACGGAAUUUUGCGUCGGAAUUGAAAUGGGACCCGCGCAGAGCCGCGCAACAAGACUACCUCGCGACUGACAACCAUCCACGGGUCAUUCAAGUUUAAGCAGCAUCUCGAAGCGGUUUGCACUGAAAAAAGUUAGCAGCAGUAACACAGCAGUGACUUCUUCUUCGACAUUAACGCGGAAAAACCGUUUCUCCAUCUGUGGGACCAACUUAAAUUUUGGGUGUUUUUUUCGCUUUAAAUCUAUAAAUUAUUUAUCGACUUGGUAAAAACGUAUCUUCGCAUAUACAUUUAAACAACUGAAUAAAUAAAUAAUAAAUUUUACAUCGUUGCACCGGUGGUCGACACCGCUUGAGUGAAAUUGAAAUUUUGAAUCGUUGCUACCGGAAGUUAAUUAUUGAAAUCGUCUGUGACGCUCUGCAAUGGUGACAAACAGCAUCGGCAACGGGCGAGACAUGAGUGAUUAUUAUGUUAUAAACGAUAGUGUGGAUAAUAUUUUGAACAUGCAGUUUUACGCGUCCGCAAAUCUCCCUGACGUUCACUCUCAAUCGCAACCGAAGAAAAGACGAUGCAUUAAUAAAGAGCAAGAUCCCAUGUCUCACAGGAUCAUUGAGAAACGCAGAAGAGAUCGCAUGAACAAUUGUUUAGCCGAUCUGAGCAGACUUAUACCUGCUGAAUAUCUGAAGAAGGGAAGAGGUAGAGUUGAGAAAACUGAGAUCAUCGAAAUGGCGAUCAGACAUAUGAAACACUUGCAAGGUGUGAGACAAGAUGUCAGACAUCCGGCUGUUACACCCGUUCAUUCCCAUACCGAUGACAGCGUUGACAGUGUAUCACAUUCGGCGAGCGCUUCCUCAUCGGCGGAACAUUAUAGACUUGGUUUUCAGGAAUGCUUGAGCGAAACUAUGCAUUUUCUAGUUGACGUCGAAGGAUUUUUUGCAAGGGAUUCUCUUUGCGUACAGUUAAUCAGUCAUUUGCAACAGCACUGCGAAAAAAUAUUAUCAGCCAGUGACAGACUGGGCUUUCCACACCCUGAGAUGCCGUCGUCAAAUGGUUCGGCUAAUUCAAGUUUCUCGCACACUACCAUUCCGACAACUUGUCCACCAAACAGCCACUCCGAUCGCGGUUCAAGUUCCGGUGUCAGUUCCCUGGAAGAUCCGGAACGUCCGAGACCGAUAAUUCAACCUCCGACGAUGGUCAGCGACGACAGCAAUCACAGCAAUCACUCCCACAGCAUACCGGUCAUAUCGAGACCUCCGAAUUAUAAAUUCAAAAGCUCCAUAAAGCAGAGAUUUUCAGCGGAAAGAACGAAAUCCCAUUCACCUCCUAUUACGGAUCAAAAACCCGCGCAUGCGGGUGUACCGAUUUUCGCACUUCACGAUGCCGGUGCUUUUUAUAUUCCAUUGACCGUAGAAGCGGAGUUGCUCAGGCCUCAUCUUACUUUCACACCCGACACUGGACCCGAUAUGGUUUUACAUCCGGUUACGAUCUCAGUUAACUUCAAUCACUCCGCUCCUCCGGCGUGGUCCCAUCAUAGCCCGACACACCAGCAAACUUGAGGGUAAUUUAUCAUUCGUCUAGGUGAAGAGUUGAUUAUUAUUAUUAUUAUCAUUAUUAUUAUUAUUAUUAUUAUUGCUACUAUUAAUAUCAUCAUUAUUAUUAUCAUUGUUAUUAUGUUACCGGAUCUUUACCGAUGUUCAUUAUUAUAAAGGAGUGUCCGCGAAACCGAUCAUAUCGGUGGAUAGUAUAAUAUUAUUAUUUAAAUAACUAUUCGCCUUAAUAAAUCGAUGAGAAAAAGUUUAUAACUGAGUCCGACACGAUUGCAAAUUGUCGAUAUUUCUACUCUCUUAGGUAUCAAAGUUAUCGUUAUAAUUGUAUAAAGUAUAUUCGAUCAACGACCAAGUCUCGCUUCAAAGAUGAAUUUUCUGCUCAUUCGGAGCGAGAUAUGAUCGAUCGAGACGAAGGGUUGCUCAAUGUGUAUACCUUAACCUCGCGUUAUCAUUGUUCCAAUUUCGUGAUUAUUAUUUGAUGAACUGAAAUCGGCCGAAUGCCAAUUAUACUGAAAGAAAUAAUUAGGAUUCUGGUAACGGGGGAUUUGGUCCGAUUGAGAAACCUCGGUUGGCCUCAGGAACUAAAGACUGACCGAGACCUGCAUUACAUUUGUUAUCCGUGUCAAUAACUGUAUAUACAUAUAUUUACGUGAAUAUAAAUAUAUAUAUACCAUUAUUAAUUGAGUUAAGGUUAUUGAAUAAAAAUUGUCUUAAUAAAUUAUAUUGACGAUA